UUUCAGUUCUACAAUCAGCUUAUAUGCUGUUGAGUUGGGUUUACAGAUCAAGGAAAGAAGACAAGCUUGGGACAGAAGAAAGUACACUCCGAAACAGGAAAAUGAACAAGUUAAUUAGUUUGGGACUUGUUUGGUAAUUUGCCAGACACUACUUCACUCCAGGCGAAGAAAAACGUAGGUUUUUCUCUGAUACCCCCCCGCAAGCUGGUGGGCAGAGAUUCAGCACACCAAGCUUGGAGAGAAGAUGAUUGAAGGUUGCUGGAGGAAGAGGUUUGGUGAAGAGAUCUGCCAGCUGAUGCACGGUGGAGAUAUGAAGCACUUUGAUGAUGUUGGAGAUGAUCUUUUCGCGCACAAAAUGGCAGUCAAGUUCAAUGUGUUUCGUCCUUUCGUGAAAGGUUGGAUUUUCGGCGAUGUAGAUUGC